AUGGAGACCCCAACAUUAGAGAGUGAGAAGUUACUCGUUAAGGAUCAUCGGUCUGAUAGUGAACCAGCGUCACCCAUCUGUUUGCCGUCGAUGCUGGAACAUGAUUCGUUUAUCAAGGGCGACAACACCUCCCUUCUCUCAACCAUCGGUCAUUGCCUGCUAAACAUCUUCGUUUGGACACCAGCGAGGUUCCUUAUCUAUUACUUUCCUCUGCUCGAACAUGUCUUGCCAGCUCCUCCUGCUGUCUCUCAGGAGUACCAACUGCAGAUGAAGUUCCUGUCGUCCCUUCUACUGCUUCUGGCCGGUGCAGACGCAAUCAAUGCUCAUCCCACAGCCAUGGAGCAGUUCACGCGUGAGCUGGAAGUGGCUAGUCCCAACCCAUCCGGGCUUGCUCUGCGAACCUCCAACAAAGAGCACUCAACUGCAGCCGUGCUUGCCUUUGUUACCUUCGGCCCCGAAGUCGCCAAAUACAUUUGCCGCGCCGUAACACAUGGCAAUCCCACGUGCGAUGACUGGGCUCAGGGAAUCAGAUACGCCCUUGCGCUCCUCUUCGUAAUCUCUGGCAAAGAUGGCGCAGAGCCAGCAGUUCCUCCCGGUGAGCCAGUUCGCAGGAUAAAUGCAAGAAGCUUCAUGAAUAUCGUCACAAAUGCUCUAAAGGAAAGCAGCUUACAAUUCGCCAGCAUCGAGGCGGAUGACAAUCUGCCCCGCGUCGAGAAGCGGUCCUCGGAUGAGCCAUAUCUAGUUGAGAGAUUCCGUAUCCGCGGCUUGUAUCAUGCCGAUCUAGGAAACGAUGCGACCGAUAUAUGGGUCAACUAUUGGAGUAAUGGCGAUAAUACCCUGCAGAUUGCCCUAGAGGAUGGUCGGCAGGAUGGCAACUCUACUUUAACUAGGCGUUGGGAUAAGCCUGGCUUCAAAAUUGCUUACACUACGAGAAAGACUGCUCCACUGAAUGAGCAGGAGGCCCUGACGAUGGCUAGACAUAUUAGUCUGAAAUGGCAGGGCAUGACCCUUGGCAAUGAUAUCGCGGACUUCAUAGGGUUUGUCGAGACAGGGCACACGGCAAACUUCUACUUCCGCAUCAUUCCUGAGAACAAGGGAUACGGGUUGAACUAUGAGAGUGUGGAUAUUUGUGGCGGUAUGGCGGGGAUGUUAUAA